AUGCGCUUCACUUUGCUGUCCUCCGCUGCCUUCUGUGGCCUCUUCCUGAGCGUCGCUGCUGUUCCCUUGAACGUCCCUCGCGGCCAUGGCCCCGGCUACCCUGACGACGUGAGCGAUCACGGCGCCGGUGCUCCUGCUCCUGCUCAUGCUCAUGCUCCCGCUCCCGUCGCUGGAGCUGGUGCCCCCGGCACUGUCAAUGAAAUCCCCACUGGUGUGGGCGCGGAUGGACACCCUUGUGGCGGGCGUGGUGGACAUGGACUUGUCUCUGAUCUCACCGAUGGAGUUAACACCCUUGGCUGUGAAGGGUUGGACGAGGUUUUGAGCCACGGUGUCCCCGGAACUGUGCACGCUGUUGGAGAUAUCCUGUAA